GUCUACAUCCUUGCUGGACAGGAGACUAGGGUGUGCCCUCAGGAUCCCUAGCAGAGGGACCUCACCAACCCUCCCUGGGCAGCCACUCCCCUCCUAUAAGGACCACCUGCACUUGCCACCAUUUCCUACUCCUGCAGGCUUCUCUCAGGACGAACUACCUACCCAGUCUUUCAAGAUGGCCUUUGUCCCUGCACCAGGCUACCAGCCCACCUACAACCCGACUCUGCCCUACAACAGGCCCAUUCCAGGGGGCCUCAACAUCGGAAUGUCUGUAUACAUCCAAGGAGUGGCCAAAGAGAAGAUGAGAAGGUUCCAUGUGAACUUCGCGGUGGGGCAGGACGAGGGGGCAGAUGUCGCCUUCCACUUCAAUCCCCGCUUUGAUGGUUGGGACAAGGUGGUCUUCAACACCAAGCAAGGUGGACAGUGGGGUGAAGAAGAGAAGAAGAGGAGCAUGCCCUUCAACAAAGGCACACACUUCGAGCUGGUAUUCAUGGUCCUGGCUGAGCACUACAAGGUGGUGGUAAAUGGAAACCCCUUCUAUGAAUUCAAGCACCGGCUGCCACUACAGAUGGUCACCCACCUGCAAGUGGAUGGGGACUUGGAGCUUCAAUCAAUCAACUUCCUCGGAGGCCAGCCUCCUGCAUAUCCAGGACCCAUGAAUGCACCAUCUUAUCCUAGGCCUGGAUACAACCCUCAACAGAUGAACAGCCUGCCUAUCAUGGGAGGACCUCCAACCUUCAAUCCGCCUGUGCCAUAUACAGGGAAACUGCAUGGGGGGCUUACAGCCCGAAGAACCAUCAUAAUCAAGGGUUUUGUACUUCCCACAGCCAAGAGAUUAAUGAUCAACUUCAAGGUGGGGUCCUCCGGGGACAUAGCUCUUCACAUUAACCCCCGCAUGGGGGAGGGUGUGGUUCGGAACAGCUUUCUAAACCGCGCAUGGGGCUCAGAAGAGAAGAAUAUCUCCUACAACCCGUUUCGCCCUGGACAGUUCUUUGAUCUGUCCAUCCGCUGUGGCAUGGAUCGAUUCAAGAUUUUUGCCAAUGGCCAGCACCUGUUUGACUACUCCCAUCGCUUCCCAGCCUUCCAUUUGGUGGACACGCUAGAGAUCACAGGUGACCUCACCUUGUCCUAUGUUCAGAUUUGAGCUGUUCCUGGGAAAACAGAAAGGUCUCCGAGUUCCAUCUACGCCUCUAAUACAAUGUCUGAGGGGUCUCUUGCGUGACUGUGACUCCUUCACCUCCCUCAGGGCCCCUCCCACCCUGGCUUCCAUCCUGCAGUCUUGUUCUUCUGGCCAGUCUCCUGCCCAUCUUCCCUCCCACUGUAAUA